GUUAGCAGCGAGCCCAGUGAGCUCCAAUCUCGAAGGCAGCCAACACCCCCACCGUCGCUGCCGCUACAACCACCAUCGAAACCCAGAAAACAUUCAAGUAAACUACAUGGCCACCAUUGAUAAAAUAUGCAGAGAAUGAACUUGAAAGCCUGUCAUUUUGUUAACAUCAAUAUAUAUCACCAUCAACGGAAGCACAGCACCAGCACCAGUAAGAGCCCAACGCCACCGGUCGCCACCAUUAAUGUUAGUCUGGUAACAUUAUUUCACCACUAAAUUGGGAGUGUUUGACUAUAUUCAACAUAUCUUCCACUGAAGAUUCAAUGGCGCUUAGCUUUUUGAAUAGUUCGCAUGCAUGGUUUUAACCUUUAGUGUAAAACUGAAGCAUCCUUCUCUCCACAAGAGCCUCUCUCACAUGCAUUUUGUCUCCUAAGAUUAGACCUCCUCCUCUGCAACACCACCAUCAUCAUCACUAUCAAAACAAACCAGAAAAAGGAGCUCCCUUUUAUCAGCCCAAGAUUUUCUUAGUUGAGGACUUGCCUCCUGAUAUGGAGAAGCCAAGCCAUUCUGUCUUGUUCUGUUUAAUCUUGGUAAUGUUAACCAUGCCCAAAACAUUAGUACUUUUUGUUACUUCUCUAUCUCCUGAUGGAGAAGCUCUUCUUUCUCUUCUCUCAGCACCUGACCCAUCUGCAAAAGCAUCCUCUUCUGUUCUUUCCUCUUGGAACCCAUCAAGUCCAACGCCCUGUUCAUGGCAAGGAAUUACAUGUUCGCCUCAAAAUAGAGUCAUUUCUCUUUCUCUGCCUAACACAUUCCUCAAUCUAUCUUCACUGCCUUCAGAACUCUCUUCUCUUACUUCUCUGCAACUUCUCAAUCUCUCCUCUACCAAUAUCUCUGGUACUAUCCCUCCCUCCUUUGGCCAACUCAUGCGUCUUAGGCUUUUAGACCUCUCCUCUAACUCUCUUUCAGGUUCUAUACCGCAACAACUUGGUCUCCUCUCUUCACUUCAGUUCCUUUACUUGAACUCUAAUAGAUUAUCUGGUAGAAUACCUCCACAACUAGCAAACCUUACUUCUUUACAAGUUUUUUGUCUGCAAGAUAAUCUCCUUAAUGGCUCAAUACCAUCCCAAUUGGGUUCUUUAAUCUCUCUCCAGCAAUUUAGAGUGGGUGGAAAUCCUUAUCUAACUGGAGAGAUACCACCACAAUUAGGACUAUUAACCAAUCUCACAACAUUUGGAGUUGCUGCAACCGGGCUUUCUGGUGUGAUACCACCUACAUUUGGGAACUUGAUUAAUCUUCAAACUUUAGCUCUUUAUGAUACAGAGGUGUUUGGUUCUAUACUACCUGAGCUUGGUUUGUGUUCAGAGUUGAGGAACUUGUAUUUGCACAUGAAUAAGCUCACAGGCUCCAUCCCUCCUAAGCUGGGUAAGUUGCAGAAACUUACUAGCUUGCUUCUAUGGGGCAAUGCACUCUCUGGACCUAUCCCAGCUGAGAUUUCAAAUUGUUCAUCUCUGGUUGUGCUUGAUGCUUCAGCUAAUGAUCUUUCUGGAGAAAUUCCUAGUGAUUUAGGGAAGUUAGUGGUUCUUGAGCAGCUUCACUUGUCUGAUAAUUCAUUUACCGGUGUGAUUCCCUGGCAGUUAAGUAAUUGCACAAGUCUAACGGCUAUUCAGCUAGAUAAGAACCGAUUAUCAGGCGCAAUUCCAUGGCAGGUUGGGGAAUUGAUGCAUUUGCAAAAUUUCUUCUUGUGGGGCAACUCAGUUUCUGGUACCGUACCAGCCUCUUUUGGUAACUGCACUGAAUUAUAUGCUCUUGAUCUUUCAAGAAACAAGCUUGCAGGUACAAUCCCAGAUGAGAUUUUUGGUUUGAAGAAAUUAAGCAAGCUUCUGCUUCUAGGGAAUUCAAUAUCAGGAGGGUUGCCGCGAAGUGUUGCAAGCUGUCAGUCUCUGGUGAGAUUGAGGCUUGGAGAAAACCAACUUUCAGGUCAGAUUCCAAAAGAGAUAGGCCAGCUGCAGAAUUUGGUCUUUCUUGACUUGUACAUGAAUCAGUUCUCUGGUUCCAUCCCGACGGAGAUUGCCAACAUCACAGUUCUUGAGCUCCUGGAUGUGCACAAUAACCACUUUACUGGGGAGAUACCAUCUCAGCUAGGGGAGCUAGUGAAUUUGGAGCUACUUGAUCUUAGCAGAAACAGUUUCACAGGCGAAAUUCCGGGGAGUUUUGGAAAAUUGAGUUACUUGAGCAAGUUGAUUCUCAACAAUAAUCUGCUAUCAGGUGCAAUUUCAGGAUCCAUUAAGAAUUUGCAAAAGCUAACGCUGCUUGAUUUGAGCUACAACAGCUUCUCUGGUCCUAUCCCACCAGAAAUUGGUUAUUUGACUAGCUUAACCAUCAGUUUGGACUUGAGCUCAAAUGCAUUUAAUGGAGAACUCCCUGAGACAAUGUCGAGUUUGACCCUGUUGCAAUCAAUUGAUCUUUCUCAUAAUUUGCUUUAUGGAAAGAUUAAUGUUCUUGGUUCUCUUACUAGCCUCACUUCCCUUAAUAUCUCUUGCAACAACUUUUCAGGUCCUAUUCCUGUAACACCAUUUUUCAGAACUGUGUCUUCGAAUUCAUACCUCCAAAACCCAAAUCUUUGUGAAUCCACAGAUGGGUCUAGUUGUUCAUCAAGAGUUAUAAGGAGAAAUGCACUGAAAUCGGCCAAAACUGUAGCAUUCGUUUCUGUGAUUCUGGCUUCAGUGAUCAUGGCAGUUCUCGCUUCAUGGAUUUUACACAGUCGGAACCAUAAGUAUACAAUGGAGAAAGCGUCAGGAGCAUCGGCCUCUUCAUCAGGGGCUAGAGAUUUCUCGUAUCCGUGGACUUUUAUCCCAUUUCAAAAGCUCAACUUCUCCAUUGGGAACAUUUUAGAGUGUUUGAGAGAUGAAAAUGUGAUUGGGAAAGGCUAUUCUGGUGUUGUCUAUAAGGCUGAAAUGCCUAAUGGGGAGUUGAUUGCAGUAAAAAAGCUUUGGAAAACAAAACGAGAAGAUGAAGCAGUGGAUUCAUUUGCAGCAGAAAUUCAAAUUCUAGAACACAUUCGACAUCGGAAUAUUGUGAAGCUCUUGGGCUAUUGUUCCAAUAGAAGUUUCAAGCUCCUUCUCUACAACUACAUUCCGAAUGGUAAUCUGCAACAGCUGUUGCAAGGGAAUAGAAAUUUGGAUUGGGAAACAAGGUACAAGAUUGCAGUAGGAUCAGCUCAAGGUCUAGCUUAUCUUCAUCAUGAUUGUGUGCCUGCAAUACUUCACAGAGAUGUUAAGUGCAAUAACAUACUUCUAGAUUCCAAGUUCGAGGCUUAUUUAGCAGACUUUGGCCUGGCCAAGCUGAUGAACUCUCCAAAUUAUCAUCAAGCCAUAUCCAGAGUUGCUGGAUCUUAUGGUUAUAUUGCCCCAGAGUAUGGAUACAGCAUGAACAUAACAGAAAAGAGUGAUGUUUAUAGUUAUGGAGUGGUGUUGCUAGAGAUUCUAAGUGGUCGCAGUGCUGUGGAAUCUGAAGUUGGAGAUGGGCUACACAUAGUUGAGUGGGUGAAGAGAAAGAUGGCGAGUUUUGAACCAGCUACUUCAAUACUAGAUGCAAAGCUUCAAGGUUUACCAGAUCAGAUGGUUCAAGAAAUGCUUCAAACACUAGGAAUUGCAAUGUUUUGCGUCAACUCCUCACCAGCAGAGCGGCCCACCAUGAAGGAAGUAGUGGCAUUGUUAAUGGAGGUGAAGAGCCCACCGGAAGAAUGGGGAAAGUCAUCUCAACCUCUGAUAAAAAAGCCCUCAAAUCAAAGUUGAAAUAAAGUUCUUUAUUUUUUGUCUUUUGUAAUUAUAUUUUCUUUCAAGGACAUCAAUGAUUGAUUGCUCUUUUCUAUAGCAAGAAGAAAAAAGAGGAGUGCAUAUUUUGAGAAAAAUGAGAGGAGGAAGAGCUUUGGGUGGUGCUAUUGUUGGAUUAGAUGAAGGUCUUGGGCUUCUUUGUACAGUUUUAGAAACAACUGUGGUUGAAUUGUUUCAUGAUUCAUCUUU